UUCUUGAGUACAACGCUGCUAUAUAUAUACACACAUGCACACAUACAUACACACACAUACACAUACACACAUACAUACAUACACAUACACACACAUAUACACACACAUACACCACACGCCCGCACUCCUGCGUGCCGCAAUAUUAUAAUAUUACUAUUACUAAUACCAACACUAAUUGCCGUUUGCUGUUUGCAAAACGCAGCGUUACAAAGUAUUCUAUGCAAAGUAAAUGACACGCGAAAUAAUCGAAUAAAAUUAGAACAGAAUAGAAUAGAACAGAAUAGAAUAGAACAGAAUAGAAUAGAGCAGAAUAGAAUAAAAUAA